CUUUAUUUGAGUUUACCUGCACGGGAAGCGUGAGACGGCGAGGAGGUAAAAGUUGAGCGGAAUGCAGCUGAUUUGAUCCCUGUGGUCACGUGGAGAAGUUUGGUGCAGUGUCUGUGUGUGUUGUUAGUUCAUCUGUCAGCAGAAAUCCAGCGUGCACAACACACACAAACACGGUCAAUGUCUCUGCUGGAGGACAUCGUUGACCUGCUGAAAUGUGUUCUGGAAUAUUUUGGAGUGCCUCCAGACAUGUUGGUUCCAGUAUGGGACAGUACACACUGUGGACAGUACCGAAGCCUAGUCCGUAUGAUUGGGACAAAUCUUCCUCUUUCUCCUUACCCCCGAUUGCGGUUUCAGAUUCCUCUGCAGACCUUUAAUAAACACAACCAUAUCAAUGUGUCAGUGGACUCUCCAGCCAUUCCUACUUUAGCGGAUGUGCUUUGGUUGGUCGAGGAUGAAGAAGACAGUUACACAAAAUUCAGGAAUGCUGUGCCACUGAGGAAAAAGUGUGUACCUCACGGUUAUGAGACUCUCUCAUUGGGGUCCGUGUCUGUACAAUCUCAGAGAGGCGGAGGGUUCCUGGGACAGAGCACUCAGCCUGAGGCCCUCCUGAAGAUCUCCGCUCUGGAGGAGGAACUUCAGAGCCUUCGAGCACAGAUUGCUACCAUAAUCACAGCUCCAGCAGGCCCUGUGGUUUUUCCAGCUCAUCCUGGCACUCCUUGUUCUGCUCCUCUUCCAGCUCCUGUCCUCACGUCUACUCCUGUCUGUCCCCCUCCUCCUCCACCUCCUCCUCCUCCUCCAGCAAUGCCCACUAGAACUAAUGUGUCUGUAUCGGAGGUGAUUCGACAAAGACAGGCAGCAAAAACAGAAACGCUUGCACAAUGUGGUCCAUCCUUAACUACAGCGCCCUCCAUCAUGCCCUCAAUGUUAGAUGUGUUGAGAGACCUCAAUCAGGUCAAACUGCGCUCUGUCGAGAGGUCUCCAGGAGGAACUCCAAUAAGGAGACGGAGAAGCAAAGGCAUAGCUUGUUCAUCUGAUCCAGCGGCUCUCAUCGCCGAAGCCCUGAAAAGAAAGUUUGCACACGGGCGGAGAGACGACUCGUUUGAUAAAGAGAACCACUCGGCUGAGCCCUCUCCUUUCAGCAGUCCAGACACCCCCAGGAUUCUCCAGCACACCAGACGCAGCCAGGGCCGAAUUCACCUUUGAGCCUUGACCUUAAAGUCUUCCAGGAGUUGUUGUCUUGGACUGAUUUGACAGACUUCUUUUCAAUGUUGGUUGCACUGUCUCCCUUUUCCUAUGCCUUUCUUUGUGAAUUAAUUACACAGACCUCCAUCUGAAAACACUGUGCAUGCUUUUUGAGCUUUCUUUUUUUUUUGUUCAUUUUUUAACUCAUUUCAAGAGGUGAUUCAGGAUUGCAGUAAUAAUGUCUGCUAAAAUUUCCCUUUUUCAGAGCUUUGCUAUACAAAUAUGGUUUGAUCUAUGCAGUAUAUAGUUUUUUUAUUAUUAUUUAAAGACUAAGAAACAAUCUGAGCAACUCAACCGGUGCUAUUGAGGUUUUGAAAGAUGGUACUUGUUUUACUAAUUGUUCAUCCAUUUUUCUGCCUUAUUUUGUUAACUCGUACAAAGAGCUAAUGAAGUAUUCAUCUCAGAAACAAUAAACCUAGUUCUAAACCUUU